AUUUUAGUGGGGAUCGUCAGUUUGUCUGUUUCGUUUAUUUUGUUUUGUUGUAAAUACAACUUAAUACAUAAUUGAAAUUAUAUAUUUAAUAUGACUGAUGAAAAUAUAACUGUGAGUGAUAAUUCGGACUUGGAAGAUGGUAGUCCCCCAGAACUUAGAGGAUAUUUAAGUAAAUGGACUAACUACAUACAUGGAUGGCAAGAUAGAUUUAUUGUUUUAAAGGAAUCUACAUUAUCGUAUUACAAAAGCGAAUUGGAGAGUAAUCUGGGUUGUCGUGGAGCACUAUGCUUAAAAAAAGCUAAAGUCAAGCCACAUGAAUUUGACGACUGCAGAUUUGAUGUGUCUGUUAAUGAUUGCGUCUGGUACUUGAGAGCUUCCAACCCUGAAGAGAAGCAGCAGUGGAUUGAUGUACUGGAGUCAUUCAAAGUGGAAUCGGGAUAUGGUACAAGUUCGGACAGCAGUACAAAUGGCAGCGGCCUUCGGAGACAUGGUUCAGUUACAUCGCUCCAGUCAACUGGAUCUGCUGGUCGUACGAAUCGUCGCCUGGCUGAGAAAAUCGCGGAGUUUGACACAUACACUGACCUGUUGUCCAAACAAGCUGUCACCCUCCAGGGUUACUUCGACAUGGCAGCUGCCCAAAUAAACGAUGACGAGGCUAUUGACGCUGUUAAAUAUGCUGAUGGAAUAAACCUCAGUCAAUAUUCACAAGAGGUGCGGGCUACGAGUGCAUCUUUUCGUGCAACGUGUGCGGCCGCGGUAUUGGCGGCUCAGACAUGCGCUGACCUCCUGCGACGAAGAGAGACACGAGCGAGGCAGGCGGAGGAACUGUACAUGGCCUUGAAGAACCAGCUAUCAGAAGCUAGGCUCGCUUCAAAACCAGGCCCUGAUCACGAGGAAGGGCCACACUCGACGUUACCAGACGACGAGUUCUACGAUGCUGUUGAGACAGGCUUCGAUAAGAUGGAGGAGGAGCGGUGUUCGAGGGUGGCGCCCCCAGCAGAACUCACCAGGGAUGAGGUUGAACUGCCACCGCCGGCUGUUGAUAACAGGCUCACGGUGCAUACAUUAUGGCCAGAGAUCGACAGGAUAUCCACAGAGCAAAUACAGGCAGCGUUCGAGGGUGUCGGAGGUCAGAUAGGAUGGCAAUUGUUCGCUGAGGAAGGUGACAUGAGGAUGUAUAGGAGGGAAGUGGAAGUUGAUGGUAUGGUGAUGGAUCCAUUGAAGGCGAUGCACAAGGUACGAGGAGUAUCAGCUCGGGAGAUGUGCCAUUACUUCUUCAAUCCGAGAUACAGAUACGAGUGGGAGACUACACUAGAGAAUAUGAAUAUAGUUGAGGCGAUCUCCAGCGACGCGAUAGUGUUCCACCAGACGUUCAAGCGCAUCUGGCCGGCGUCUCAGAGGGACGCGCUGUUCUGGUCUCACGUCCGGGCCGCGCCGCAGCACACGUACGCCGUCACCAACCACUCCACCACCAACGAACGGUACCCGGCAAACUCCGGAGCUUGUAUACGUCUCAUAGUGACUGUGUGUCUGGCGUGCCGCAGCGAGUGGCCUCCCGGGCAGCAACCCUCCAGGGAUAACAUAACCACUAGCAUCGCGUAUUGCAGUACAGUGAACCCCGGAGGCUGGGCGCCGGCGGGCGUGCUGCGGGCGGUCUACAAACGGGAGUACCCGAAGUUCCUUAAACGGUUCACAGGCUACGUGCUCGAGCAGUGCCGGGACAAACCGCUAGUCAUGUAGCGACGCGACGACGUGUCAUGCAAACUAUCGUUUCACGAUAACUGUUUUAAUUUUUCAUUAUUUCCUGACGGGUUACCGUCGCGUGUAUUUUAAUGUAAUUAUUGUAAAGAUUUCUAUGUGUACAGAAAUCUAUAUAUACGUGUAAAAAAAAUGUUUAGUAUUGUAUUAAGAUAUGUUUAGGGUGUUGUGUAUUAAAGACGUUCUUCAAACACUUUAUUCUUUUGCUACUUUGUAUACAGGUCUUGUAGUCGUCGGGUCUGCGGGACGAGUUUUAUUUUAAAGAUCUCGAUUAUUUUAACCCGCUUUUAUAAUAUUUUAAAACACUACAGAUGAAAUGUAUGUGAUUUGAGAUGAAGUAACAGCGAGUAAAAAAAUUAUAUUAAAAUAUAUACUGAACCUAUUGACAUUUGAAUUAAAAAAAAAAGUUUAAUUCGUAUACAUGUUUACAAGUGAUGUACAUAUGUAUUAUAGUCACCGGUCUAGAACAAAAUGUGUGUACAAUAUGGCGCCACUGAUAUAGUUAUUCAGAUUCCUAAUAUAUUAAUUCUUAAUGAUGAUAUUCCUAUGAAAAUGUAUGUAUAUUUUCAUUGAUUUAUAACAUAAAUAACUUUAUAUGUUAUCCACAUAAUAUUUUUUUUUUUGUUAUAGUGCUCAAAAAAAAAAAAUGUUUUAUGAAUUAUCUUUCACGCAGGGACUGUAGAUAAUGAAAAUUUAUUUUUAAUAUUUAUUUUAUUCUCUUCAUUCCAUUUAAAUGACGCCGAAUCGAAAUAACUCUAACGAAAUAUUUGAAAAGGAAAAAAACAAAGAACCAGAGCGUUUCAAACACUACGCCUUAAUAUUUCGUUUUUUUUUUUUUACAGUACUCGAUGCAAAUCUCUUACGUUUCCAGUUCAAGAUACUUCUUAUUAAAUAAAAUAAAACAAAGCUUGUAAUACAUAAUUAUGAUAUUAAAAUCGUUAUUGUUUUCUUGUAAGUGAAGAUAUAUCUUUAAUUUAUUUAUGUCUCAGAUAAAUAUUACGAGGAAGUGUUUUGAUUGCAUUUAUAUAGCAAUGACGGUAUUGAAGUCUGUGAAGGACUAUUUUCUCUAAAUGAUGGACCUCUCUUCCGGAACGGUAUGUCUUAAUGUUUUUAAUUUUAAUUAUUGUUUGUAAUAAAAUGUUUUAUGAUGGUA